UUCCAAAUGGUCCGACCAGAGAUCUUUGAACUAUUGACCCAGAGAGAACAGUCUUGCCAUUGAAGGGUGUCUGUUACCAGACUGAAAAGUGAGAGAAGGUCGUGUGCUGCAUCCGGCAGGGACGAGACAGGGCUCUGGCCUUAGACUCCCUGCACACCGAUUUCCUUGCACAGGUUCGGGCUCUUUAUCGUGCGGAGACUGUUUCCGGCGGGCUGCAUUAGGUGUGACACCUCACUCAGAGCCUGCUGCGCGGGAUUUCUUAUGCUUCCGCGCUUGCGGUUUCUCAAUCGGUUCUGUCCUGCAACGGUGGCCGUUGCCAAGAGUCCCGAAAUGCCAGUUAAAAGAUCGCUGAAACUGGAUGAUAUGGUUGAAGAAAAUUCAUUUGGUCCUUCAAAAAUCACAAGGAAGAAAAGUAUUACAGCUUAUUCUCCAACUACUGGAACUUAUCAAAUGAGUCCAUUUUCUUCUCCCACAACCCCCAAAGAACAAGAGCACAGAAAUGGACCAUCAAAUGAAACAAGAAAACUGAAUAGCUUCAGCUCACCUGCAGGAAAGGAAUCCAUAGCAAAAGACAGUGAUGAAUUUAUGACGUUGCUAUCUACAAUUGAAAGAUCAUCAGAAAAAACUGUGGAGAUAAUGAAAAAUUUAAGUAGUAUACAGGCUUUGGAGGGCAACAGACAGCUUGAAGAUCUCAUUGGCAUUUCCCUAGUACCAUGUGUCUUAAAAGGAGAAGCAAAGAAAACCAAAGAACUAAUGACAAAAGUAACAAAACAAAAACUGCUCAAAAAGAAGAAUUCAAGAAUUCCUCCCAAAGGGUGGAAUGGGGCCCCCAAGGAUGAGCUUCAGAAGGCUUGGGACACAGAAGCCUGGCAGGACUCACUAGGGAGUACCAAGUUCAUUGGGAACCUGUGUCUGUUCUCUUACCUUGCUAUACACAACAUCAUCUUGACAGCUUUGCAUUCCUUAAAGCCAUUUUGAACUGAGUGUUACCUCCCAAGUCUGACAACUGUGUCGAUCUUCGUGGGUGUUAGUCAACCCAUAAGAAUUCAGACCAGACUGAAAUAAAGAGCCAGCGAAAGUAGACUGUCAAGUUUGGAACCCACCUUCUAAGACAGGAAGUAUAUCCACUAUAUGUGGAUUUUUCUAAACUGAAAAAAUAAAGGAGUCCACUGUGCACUUCA